ACUCAGAGGUGGUGUGAUACCUGAAGAAAUAGAGGACGCUCCAUGGUCGAUCUACUGUGUUAGUUUAUAGAAGAAAAUAACAGCUAAUUUGCAGAAAACAACAUAUUAGGUUGUGGAAGAUCAAAGAAGAAAAAAAAUGCCAAGAAAGGGAAAGCAGAGUACAACACAAAUGUUGGCAAAGAAAAGGGAAAGUAUGAGAACUUUACGUCAGUCCAGAUAUACUAUUAUGUCUGUUGUCCAAGGCCGGAUCCACCAAGGCAGCGACAUAUUCUUAGAUGCCACUGCUGGAUCACAAUGCACCUGUAUGGCGUUAAUGGCGCUUGUCUAUAAUGAGGUUAAAAAUGUGAGAGAGUGGAAUGCAGAUGACAUAGAGACUAUUCUCUAUGCUGGUGAUGUUGUUUAUCGGAGGAAUAGAGGGAGCCAAACGUUUUUGCUUAUAAAAGAGUUGCCAUCAAGGAUUGAAUAUAAUGAUACUACUUAUACUAUUAACACCCAAGAAUCUUUAAAUGGAUCACUAAAUUUAUUGGAAACACAGGUACCAUUUUACACUUUGGAAGAAGCUAUAGACAUUGCAUAUACACAAACUGGAAUUUUUUUUUUCUUAAUGGGCUCCGAACACUUGAGUUUUGCAACUAUGGUGUUUUCAAUGCAUGAUGGAAGGCAUUUCAUCUUUGACUCUCAUAGUCGAAAUACUAAUGGGCUUGGAGAUCCAAACGGGAAAGCCAUAGUUUUAGAAUUAAAUACACAAGCUAGUCUAGUUCAUUACUUGAGAGAAUUGGCAGUUUCCUUGAAUCUCAGUGACAGUAUUGCUUUCGAAGUGACGCCUUGUUCUGCUAGUACUGCUACUGAUUUGUUUCCUUUUGAACUGCAGUCUUACUUUCAAAAGCAGAGAAAUUUUGAAGAUAUGCAGAAAAGAGAACGAAGAAAAGAGAGAAAAAAGGAACUAGAGUCUAAAAGCCGUGCAGAACCAGAAGUUAAAGCUGCCAGAAGAAGAAGAGAAGAUACCUAUCUUACCAAGGCAGGUGUAAAAUUGAGGAAAAAGAUCUUACAGAAAACAGUCCGUUCCAAGUCUGACGUGAAGAAGAAAAUUAAAGAAAGAGAUUAUGAAGCUCGUGCUGAACCAAAAACCAAAGCUGCCAGACAAAGCAGAGAUAAGGCUUACUUUUCCAAGGAAAAUGUCAAGACAAGAAAAAAGGAGGAACAGAAAAAACAUCGUAGCAAGCCUGAUGUAAAAAAGAGAAUCCAACAACGGGACUCUGAGAAGCGUGCAGAACCAAAAACCAAAGCUGCCAGACAAAGUAGAGAUAAGGCUUACUUUUCCAAGGAAAAUGUCAAGACAAGAAAAAAGGAGGAACAGAAAAAACAUCGUAGCAAGCCUGAUGUAAAAAAGAGAAUCCAACAACGGGACUCUGAGAAGCGUGCAGAACCAAAAACCAAAGCUGCCAGACAAAGUAGAGAUAAGGCUUACUUUUCCAAGGAAAAUGUCAAGACAAGAAAAAAGGAGGAACAGAAAAAACAUCGUAGCAAGCCUGAUGUAAAAAAGAGAAUCCAACAACGGGACUCUGAGAAGCGUGCAGAACCAAAAACCAAAGCUGCCAGACAAAGUAGAGAUAAGGCUUACUUUUCCAAGGAAAAUGUCAAAACAAGAAAAAAGGAGGAACAGAAAAAACAUCGUAGCAAGCCUGAUGUAAAAAAGAGAAUCCAACAACGGGACUCUGAGAAACGUGCUGACCCAAAAAUCAAAGCUGCUAGACAAAGCAGAGAGAAGGCUUACCUUUCCAAGCCAAAUGGUGCAUCAAGGAAGAGGCUGAAAAGAAUAUCAUAUCUUUCGCAGAGGGAUAAAAAAGAAAAAACUCAGGAAAGGAUAAAAAGAUACCGUGCACAAGAACAUAUUAUAGAACAAAUAAGGAAGAGGGAGAGACAAUGGAGAAAGACCGCAUCUGGAGUGCAAUCUCAUAGACUAAAAUUGCAAAAGCUAAAGGAACAGCAAACACAUAUAAAAUUUGCCAUUGAACAUUUUCAUAAGAAAUGCAAGGAACUUCCUGAGUAUGUUUGCUGUUGUUGUUAUCGGCUUCGCUUUAAGAAUCAAAUACAAAAAUUUCGAGAACAAAAUUAUAGGGAAGACAUAUUAAUUUCCAGCAAAAUUCUAGAUAUGGGACCAGAAAAAGUAAUUUGCACCUACUGUCACCAGAAAAUGUCUCAGAAGAAGGUAUCACCUAUUAGUUAUGAUGGGAAUAGCAUAAAAACCAUGGACAUGCCCCCAGAUAUAGGAGAUUUAAAUCCAAUUGAACAACUACUGCUAACACCAGUGAUACCAUUCAUGAAAAUUGUUUCACUGCCAAAAAGUCAGCAGCAUGGAGUGCACGGUCCUAUUGUCUGUGUUCCAGCCAACGUCAAAGAAACAAUUACGAGAUUACCUUCCUUGCCACAUGAAAGUGGACUAAUUAGAGUAAAAUUGAAGCGAAAACUUGCUUACAAAGGUCACCACCUGUACCAGAAAAUUAAUCCGCAAGCAGUGAAAAGAGCUUUUCAUUUUCUUUUGGAAAACCAUCCUGAUUUUUCUGCUAUUGCCUUUGAUGAAGAAAGAGUCAAAAGUACUAUGUUGCACCUUACAAAUGAGGACACUGAAAUAACAGAUGUUGAGACUAUAAAUAAGGAAACUGGGGAUCAGGAAGUUUCUGAAACAACUGUAAAAGUAAAUCAAGGAAUGAAGUCCUACGAACAAGGUGAAAAUGUGGAAAUAAAUGUAGCUGAGGAAAAAGACUCACAAACAUCAGGCGGGAAAGCUCCAAACUUGGACACCAACAUACCUACGGAAAAGGAGAGAGAAAUGUCAAGCAAGGAACAACCAAACUUGGAAACCAUUGUAGAUGUGGAGGAAGACCCAAUAACUUCAAGUAAGGAACAAUCAAAAUUGGAAAGCAAUGUAGAUGUGGAAGACCCAAUAACUACAAGCAAGGAACAAUCAAAAUAUAAUAUUGAAGAUGAAGUUACAGAGACAAGCGCACCACUUGUAACAUGCCUGCAACCAGAAGAUUUGUCACAGUACAUAUCAGAUAAGUACGAAGACAGAAUAUUAUGUUUUGCUCCAGCUGAAAAUCAACAUCCUGAAUCUACCUUCAAUAAGGAAGUGCAGUCUUUCCCAACUUUAUUCCCAAAUGGGAAAAAUGCUUUUUCAGAAAGACGGAAGCACAAGUUAACAUUUAGCCAAUAUAUUAAAAGUAGACUGUUUUCUGCAGAUACCAAAUUUGCCAUGAAUACGCAAUACAUAUUUUAUUUACAAUACAUAAAAGAAUUUCAAGAAGUUUUGUCUUCUGCAAAAAUAAGUCAAAGAAAAGGUUCAGCACAAUCAGGUAACAUAAGUAUAGACAGUUUUGAAUCAGAAGAAUCACUGAAAAAUAUAUUAAGAAACAAUGAAGGUUAUAAGUUUUUAGCAAAAGUUCGUGGGUCUGCACCAUAUUGGGAGAGAACUAUGAAAGAUCUGUGUGCUAUGGUGAAGCAGUUGGGUAUCCCAACUUGGUUUUGCAGUUUUUCUGCAGCAGAUAGACGUUGGAAAGAAAUUGUUUAUGCAAUUCUGAAAUCCCAAGGAAAACCAGUCCCUGAUGAGAUGGAUUGGGCAGAACACUGUAAGGUUAUUAAUAGUAAUCCAGUUAUUGCUGCCGCCAUGUUUGAUAAGCGUACAAAUCAUCUAAUCAAUGAUCUUAUCAAGUCUUCCUCACAUCCAAUUGGCAAUGUGAUAGAUUUUUUUUAUAGGAUAGAAUUUCAGCAAAGGGGUUGGCCACACAUUCAUGCUUUAUUUUGGGUUCAGGAUGCACCUGUGCUUGAUAGAUCUGAGGAAAAAGAGGUAACAGAUUUCAUCGACAAGUUUGUUAAUUGUAGCUUACCAGGUGAAGAAGAAGCAUUAUUUGAAAAAGUAUCUAAAUUGCAAAUGCAUAGCAAAAAUCAUUCUCGUAGUUGCAGGAAAGGGAACCAAACUUGUAGAUUCAAUUUUCCUAGACCAGUAUCUACCAGAACUUUCAUAUGUAAGCCCAUAAAGUUAGAUGAAGAGAAGCCAAAACAUAUGAUUCGAAAAGCAGCCAGGGAAGCAUUAGAGAAACUAGCAACCAUAACUAGUGAUGAGAAAAAUAUAUCUCUUACAGCUCAACAAUGUUUAGAGUUAGCGGGCAUGACGCAGGAGGGGCUUGAAUAUUCAAUGGGGAUUCUAGCUAGAAAAACUAUCAUAGUUUUAAGGCGGGAACCGAAGGAAUGUUGGGUUAAUCAGUAUAAUCCACAUUUAUUAGAAGCUUGGGAUGCCAAUAUUGAUAUACAAUAUAUUGUAGAUGCCUAUGCAUGCAUUUGUUAUAUAGUAUCUUACAUUUCAAAGAAAGAGAGUGAAGAGGGUGAACUUUUAAGGGCUGCUCAAAAGGAAGCUAGGGAAGGAAAUACUGAAGCUGUCAAUGAGCUUAAAACACUAGGAAAAGUAUAUAUUACUCAUAGAGAAAUUAGUGUUAUGGAAGCUAUAUACAGAUGCACAGGCAUGAAACUGAAGUCUUCAAGUAGAGAAGUGCGCUGGAUAGCAGCAGAUAAAGAUGCAACAAGGUUGUCUUUGCCGCUAAACAUUUUAAAACAACAAGCUAGGGAGAAGAGAUUGGAUCAAAUAUGGGCAAAGUCAGAUUUAGAGAGGUACUGGAAUAGGCCAGAUAACAGAAAAUUUGAGAAUAUGUCCCUUGCUCAUUUUGUUGCCAAUUACAGAAUGUAUGGCUCAAAAGUGGGCCAAAAAAGCAAAGAAAACUCCGGGAGUGACAAUGAUGAUAGUGAUAAUGAGGGUAAAGAAGACAUUGCCUUAUUAAACAACUUUGGGUUUAUCCGUGUACGGCGUAGACCAAUUGUGAUUAGGUAUUUAAAAGGGUCUGUAGACCGUGACCCAGAAAGAUAUUAUGAAAAUAGACUGCGUCUGUUUUUUCCCCAUAGAGGUCAAGAUAUUUUACCUGCUGCUUUCACAUCAUAUGAAUCUUUUCAUAACAAUGCUUCUUUUGUCUUUAAUGAUGAUGAUAUUCCUAUUUGUGAGAUAGUUAACACUAACAGUGCCCCCUUUGAGAAAGAUGCAGAGGUAAUUGAUACAGCUCUGCAGCAUUCGUAUGAUGAUCAUGAAGAUGCUUGGGCAGAUAUUGCUCCAGGUGCAGAGGAACAGAGAAUUGAUGAUAAAAUGGAACAAGUGUUGCCCAUUGAAAGUGAUGAUAUAACUGAAGAAGUACAGUUACCAGAUUUAGACCAAACAUUACCAGAUAAAAAUCCAUACCAAAAAACAAACUUACUAACUGAAAAGGUAAAGUCCCAAAUUUCAUUAAAACAAGCAGAAAAAAUGGUUCAGUCCAUGAAUAUUCAACAACUCCAAAUCUUUAAUUACAUGCGUAAGUGGUGCCUUCAUAAAAGUCAAGGCAAAAAUCCCAAACCGUUUCACAUUUUUCUAACUGGUGGAGCUGGCACAGGCAAAACACAUGUCAUAAAUGCUUUCAGGUUUGAAGCAGAACGUAUUCUGACAUCCAAUGGCAACUCAUCUAAUGAAGAGCCUGAUGACAUAAAAGUUCUGUUAGUGGCAUAUACUGGAACAGCCGCUUUUAAUAUACAGGGUCAAACUAUUCAUUCUGCUUUUGCUAUCCGAAGCCAAAAAGGUAAAGACAGAAAAAAAUAUGUACCACUUGGUGAAGAGUUAUUAACAGAACUUCGAGUAAAAUACAAGAAUCUUCAAAUUCUUAUUAUUGAUGAAAUUUCAAUGGUUGGCCAGAAUAUGAUGACAAACAUUAGCCAGCGACUUAACCAAAUCAAACAAACCAGUUCAGCAGAAUCUAUUUUUGGACAAAUCAGUGUUUUGGCAGUAGGCGACUUUUAUCAAGUAGCACCUGUAGCAGAUAAAGCCCUCUAUGUGUCGGACCCAGGGCAACUUUAUCAAUCAGAGUGGGAGCAUUUUUUUACAUACAAUCUCUCAAUCAUAAUGAGACAAAAAGAUGACAAACCAUUUGCAAAUUUACUAAAUGCCAUUAGAACCAAGAAAAAGGAAGAAGCAUUACAACCUCAUGAUAAAGCUAUGCUUCUAGCAUGUGUAAAUGAUCAACUCAUAGCAGAUCCAUCAAAAUUGUAUAUUUUCCCUAGAAACAAAGAGGUUGAUGAACAUAACAGACAUAUGUUACAAUCCCUUUGCUCUGAUAUAAUUACAAUAGAAGCAGCCGAUAUCAUACAUACAAGGUCAGGACAAACAAAAAGGAAAAAGGUCCCUUUUGCUAAAGAUUCCUUAGCUUUAAAGCCCUUAAUAGAAGUUGCUGUAAAUGCAAGAGUAAUGCUUACCACAAAUCUUAAUGUCAGUGAUGGGCUUUCAAAUGGUGUUAUGGGAACUGUGGUAAAGAUAGAACAGGGCACAAAAGCACUAAAUCAACCACAGUACAUCUGGGUACACUUUGAUAAUCCCAAAAUAGGGGCAAAUACCAGGCAACAAACAGUAAGACCUGAAAAUAUCCACACAAACAGUGUACAGAUUAAGCCACAUGUGGAACUUUUUGAUCAGCAGUCAGUGAAGGUGGCUCGAUACCAAUACCCUCUAAAAUUAGCAUGGGCCUGCACUGUUCAUAAAACCCAAGGGAAAACUGUCACUGAUGCUGUGGUUUCAUUGAAACAUGUGUUUGCACCAGGUAUUGGAUAUGUUGCACUAAGUCGUGCAACAAAAUUGUCAGGUCUUCAACUUUUAAGUUUCGAUAAAAGUGAUGAAGCAAACUUGUAUUGUGACACUAAAGUAGAUGAUGCAAUGAAGAGUAUGAGACCUGUCAACCCAGAUACGUUACCUAUUUUAAGACCAUUGCAAAAAACUCUAACAAUUGUAUGUCACAACAUCCAAUCUCUACCAGCUCAUUUCAAAGACUUAACAAGUAAUCCAGAGAUGGCUGUGGCAGAUAUUGUAGGUAUUACUGAGAGUUGGCUAAAUAGCAAUGUCCCUUCUGCUAAAUACUCUAUUCCUGGUUUUCAGCUCAUCAGAUGUGAUCGUCAAAAUGACACCUCUAGAGGUGGGGUUGCUGUUUAUAUUCGUAACAACUUGAAAGUAACAGAGGUCAAAAUUAACUCUGUAACAGAGCCAGGUUUUGAAUGUGUAACUAUAAAAAUCAAUGGUUAUUACAUAAGCUUUAUGUACCGUUCACCAUUGAUUGUAGGCCCAGCUUUCAAUAGGAAAAUACAAGAAAUUUUAAGCCAAAACAAACAGCCCAUUAAACCAUCAAUCUUGUUAGGUGACUUCAAUAUUGAUUUGUCUAAAUCUCCUACAAUGUCUGUUUGUGUUCCUAGUUUACAAUACCAUAAGCAAAUGAUUGCCUCUCCAACAUUUAGAGGUGUCAAAGGGUACUCUAGCCUGUUAGAUCAUAUUUAUGUACAAAAUGUAAGCACUAUAGAAACAGGUACACUGUGCACGUAUUACAGCGACCAUGAUCCUGUGUAUACUAUUAUUCCCAUCAAUGCAUAGUAAAUGAAAAUGUAUAGACAGUUAUAAAAAACAUUGUAUAUAUGUAAAAAUUGUUAAUGUAAAUUAUUUGUA